AGCAAUGAGCACAUGACGUGGCGGGCGGGAAGGCGAGGGGAAGCCGCAGCAGCAGCAGCUUCGCCCACCAUCUUGGGGCCAAAUAGUCAACCGGAGCGGCGGCUGAGAGAGAGCCGAGAUCAAUAUUAGAGGUUGUGAGUCCAGACAGAUACUCUCACCAUGGGUGGGUGGACCAGCUUUCUCAAGGGCUUUUUUGGCAAGAAGGAAAUGCGUAUUCUUAUGGUGGGCCUCGACGCGGCUGGGAAGACCACCAUUUUAUAUAAGCUUAAGCUGGGGGAAAUCGUAACCACUAUUCCCACUAUAGGCUUCAAUGUAGAAACUGUAGAAUAUAAGAACAUUAGCUUCACAGUCUGGGACGUGGGCGGACAGGACAAAAUCCGACCUCUUUGGCGCCAUUACUUUCAGAACACACAGGGCUUGAUCUUUGUGGUGGACAGCAAUGACCGAGAGCGAGUGAAUGAGGCCAGGGAAGAGCUCAUGAGAAUGCUGGCAGAAGAUGAGCUCCGAGACGCUGUGUUGCUAGUGUUUGCCAACAAACAGGACCUGCCUAACGCUAUGAACGCAGCAGAGAUCACAGACAAACUCGGUCUACACUCACUGCGUCACAGGAACUGGUACAUUCAGGCCACCUGUGCCACCAGCGGCGACGGGCUAUAUGAAGGAUUGGACUGGCUGUCCGUACAACUGCGGGGCACCAAAUGAACUCUCGGCGGUCCUCUCCCUACCCCCUCC